AUGGUAAAGAGUUUUUAACAAAACCCCUCAUAUUUAGACCCAAUUACAAAUUAUUACUCAUCCACAAAAACAAGAAUUCAAAACCCUAGCUCCUCACUAAAUCCUUCGUCUCUUUAAGUUUCUCUGUCCUGCAACUUUUCAUCGUUGAUAAAGAAUCAUUAUUUGAGAGUAAGUAAUUGAAAAUGAGUGGAGCAGGAGAGAAAGGAUCAACAACCAAGACUCCAGCAGAUUUUCUCAAGUCUAUUCGUGGACGACCUGUUGUUGUCAAAUUGAACUCUGGUGUUGACUAUCGAGGUAUCCUUGCCUGUUUAGAUGGAUACAUGAAUAUAGCAAUGGAGCAAACCGAAGAAUAUGUUAAUGGGCAAUUGAAGAACAAAUAUGGUGAUGCUUUCAUUCGUGGAAACAACGUGCUUUACAUCAGCACAUCAAAGAGGACACUAGGGGAGGGAGCUUAAAUCACGCACAAGAUUGACUGGCCUUGGUUAUCCUGUCUACUUUGAUUAUGUAACUGGCCUUUCUUCAACAUGUUGAUGAAGUUCCCUCUUAAUGUUGUAAUUUGUGUAGGCUUUGGUUCAGUCAUGGAUGUUAUCUUUAUUGGCUUUUGGUAUAGUGAGUCAAUGACAUUUUUUCGCAUUGCCAAGAUCAAGAAACAGUAGUUUCUCGUCGUUGAUUUGAGUUUUUGUUGAGUAUAGUUUGAUGCUGACUUUGUUUUGGAUAAUAGAUGCAUAUAUAAUAUACUUGCCUUGAAUUCUGCAAGAGUUAAA